CCCUUUCAGAAUAGUUCCGGGCUUGUUCAACAAAUUGAUUGUAAUGGCUCUCUUUAAAGUGCACUUUUUUGUGCCAAUUCUCUUGAUGAUGCUACUAGCGGUGGAUGGAGCGAGGACUCCACCAGGAAUUGCGAAGAAUCCGAGCAAUGCGAGAUGCCUGGAUAACAAAUACAAACAAUGCUAUAACCUAGAGCAUGUGUGCCCCAAGUUCUGCCCAGAUUCAUGCACAGUCAAUUGUCAAUCUUGCAAACCUGUCUGUGGUGAAGCCUCAACCCCUCCUGCUCCAACACCUGCUCCCACCCCUCCAACUCCAACUCCAUCAACACCUGCUCCUACACCCCCAACUCCAACUCCAUCAACACCUGCUCCUACAUCCCCAACCCCAACUCCAUCAACACCUGCUCCUACACCCCCAACUCCAACACCAUCGACACCUGCUCCUACACCUCCCAAUCCAACACCAUCAACACCUGCUCCAACCCCAUCAACGCCUUUUCCAACUCCUCCCACUCCAACACCAUCAACACCUUCUCCCACACCUGCUACUCCCUCACCAUCACCUAAUACCCCUUCGCCACCUACCUGGACUCCUCCCAAAAAGGCUAGAUGCAAAAACAGUAAAUAUCCCCAGUGUUACAAUGUGGAAUAUACAUGCCCCAGCUCUUGCCCUGGAGGAUGUGAGGUCGAUUGUGCUACUUGCAAGCCUGUCUGCAGUUGUGAUAAGCCAGGUACAGUAUGCCAAGAUCCUCGUUUCAUAGGAGGCGAUGGCAUAACAUUUUAUUUCCAUGGCAAGAAGGACAAGGACUUCUGUCUUGUUUCUGACUCCAACAUACACAUUAAUGCUCACUUCAUUGGCCGGAGAAAUGACAACACGAAGAGAGACUUCACCUGGGUCCAGUCCAUUGCCAUACUAUUUGACAAUCACCAACUCUUCUUGGGUGCACUCAAAACCUCAACAUGGCAUGAUGCCCUUGACCGCCUUGCCCUCUCCUUGGACGGAGAACCAAUAACUCUCCCAGAAACCGACGGUUCCGUGUGGCAAUCCGGAAAUGUCUCCAUCACAAGAAUUGGUGAGACGAACAAUGUGGAAGUUGAAGUUGAGGGAAAGUUGAAGAUCACAGCCAAGGUUGUACCCAUAACCGAACAAGACUCAAAGAUUCAUAACUAUGGAAUAACCAGAGAAGACUGCUUUGCUCAUCUUGAUCUUGGGUUCAAGUUCUACUCUUUAAGCAAUGAAGUGAAUGGCGUGCUGGGACAAACUUACAGAGCAGGAUAUGUGACUCGAGUGAACAUGGGUGCAAAAAUGCCCGUAAUGGGAGGCGACAAGGACUUUGAAACUUCGAGUCUGUUUGUUCCUGACUGUGCAGUUGCUAGGUUUAGAGGCAACAAUGGCUUUGAUGAAGGUUUCCUCAAGGGUUUGGAGUUGCCAAGCUUGAAAUGUGCAAGUGGGAUUGAUGGACAAGGAGUUGUAUGCAAGAGGUAAGCGAAUUUGUUUAGCUUGUUGAGAUUGUAUUUUACGAUUCUUGUUAAAUAAUAAGACUGUAACCAACAGGAGGCAGGGAAAAAAGAAAACCCAAUCCUGUGCAUGGUUAUGCAUAUAAUAUAAAUAUAACAUAUAAUUUUUUCGCUUGAUAUAUCUGAAUAAGUGAAUAAAAA